AUGGCUACUGGGCUGCGGAAGACGAGAAAGUUGAGAGGACACGUCUCGCACGGUCACGGACGCAUCGGAAAACACAGAAAGCACCCCGGAGGUCGUGGAUUUGCUGGAGGACAGCACCAUCAUCGCAUCAACCGAGACAAGUACCACCCUGGAUACUUUGGAAAGGUCGGAAUGAGAAACUACCAUCUUCGCAAGAAUCACUACUUCUGCCCAACUGUCAACGUCGACAAAUUGUGGUCACUCGUCCCAGAAGGAGCCCGUGAGCAAGCUGCCGGUCCCGCCAAGGCUCCCGUUAUCGACUGUGUUCAAGCAGGAUUUUACAAAGUUUUGGGAAAAGGACUCCUACCCAAGCAGCCACUCAUUGUCAAGGCGAAAUUCUUCUCUCAUUCGGCUGAACAAAAAAUUAAGGGCGCCGGUGGAGCAUGUGUUCUUGUUGCU